CCACGCCACGAUCCUCCUCACCCGGAGCCUUCCGUGCCCACACCAUCUCCUUCUAUCACGGUCACCUCGCCUCGGCAGUUCGCCCACUUCAUCCGACAGGACGACGUCACCUUCUUUAUGGUGAACGUGACGGAUCUCUUACACUAUGAUCCACCCUGUCCCGACGCCGAGCUCAUGCCUCAGGAGCCAGAUCCUCCUUCUAUCUCCAUGGCUCCCAUCUCUACUUCCGUCCUUCCGCCGUCCGUCAGGUCCAGCCCGCCGUCGCGCGCUGACGCUGACGCUGAGGAACUCGCACGAUAUACGGCUGACCUGGAGCCCGCCGUUCGUGACCUCAUCCGAGAGUACCACGACGUUUUCCCAUCGUCGUUCUCGUACUCCGGCAUCCCACCGAUGCGUGACGUCGAACACUCCAUCCAGCUUGUGCCUGACUAUCGUGUUCACCACCAGGCACCCUACAGACUCUCGAUCCCCGAGGCCACCAAACUCAACCGUCAGCUUGAGGAGCUCCUAAGACUGGGCUUGAUUAAACCCAACAACUCCCCGUGGGGUGCACCCGUCCUCUUUGCUCGCAAAGCGGAUGAAAUUCUUCGUCUCUGCAUCGACUACAGCGGUCUCAACCGCUACACGGUUAAGAACAACUACCCCAUGCCUCGUUCCGAUGAGCUGUUUGUCUGCCUAGCAGGCAACCGCUUCUUUAAGAAGGUUGAUCUUCGUAGCAGUUACCAUCAAAUCUGUGUCGUUGUAGCCGACCAGCCGAAGACCGCGUUCCGAUCGCGCUUCGGCCACUACGAGUUUACGGUGAUGUCAUUCGGCCUCACCAACGCACCGGCUACCUUCCAUAGGGCGAUGAACGACAUAUGCAGGGACAUCCUGGAGCAACAUGGCUUCUACGCCAAGCUGAGUGGCCACAUGGACGACGCGAAGAUCACUGCUAUUGCGGAGUGGCCCGCUUCCACAGCCGCCAAGCAGCUUCGCAACCUCCUAGGCCUGACCAACUAUUAUAGUAAUUUCAUCCAGGGAUACGCUAGUUUAUGCCGCUCGACACUGGCGUCACUACCUGCACGGGGCACCAUUCACGGUGCGCACGGCGACACAGACAACUCCGUUGUCCAGGCUUUUCUGACAAAGCCGAAGCUCACUCCUCGACAGGCUCAAUGGUGGCGCGACCUAUCCGAGUUUAGUUUCACCACCGAGCACAUAAAGGGUGAGACUAAUCGGGUCGCAGAUGCCCUAUCCCGGCACCCUGACCACGACCAGGAGCAGAUCCAACUCUCUUCCAUCUCGGUCACCACCGUCCACCACUCGGUGAUCGACGAGUUUCGCACUCAGUACCGCCACUGCCCUGACUAUCGCGACAUCCACGCGACCAUUCGGAGUGGCAAGACCGUCCCGGACUACUCUCUCGGGGACAACGGUCUCGUGUACUGGCACGGUUCACAGGGCACCAGAGAGCCCCGUAUUUGCGUUCCCUCCACUGGACAGCUACGUGUCCGAGCAGUAGCAGAGUUCCAUGACCAGGCAGCCGCCGGUCAUAUGGGCUUCCACAAGACGUUGGCUCGUGUGAGCCGCCUGUACGUCUGGCUGAAGCGCAAGGACUUUGUGAAGGACUACGCCGCAGAGUGUCCCACCUGUCAGGAAGUGAACAGUGCGAACCACCUACCUUAUGGUUUGCUCCAGCCUCUUCCUAUACCUGAGGGUCGUUUGCAGUCCAUCUCGAUGGACUUUAUCGGUCCUUUUCGACCUUCGACCCCCCGCGGUCAUGAUGCUAUCCUGGUCGUCGUCGACCGCUUCAAGAAGCGUGCACGCUUUAUUCCGUGCCGCUAUGCCAUCAGUGCACGUGAGGUCGCCGACAUAGUGUUUGACCGAGUCGUGCGUGAUCACGGCUUACCUCUAAGCAUCAUAUCUGACCGGGACCCGCGCUUUACCAGCCGAUUCUGGCGACGUCUCCACGAGGUGUACGACACUUAGCUCCGAUUCUCCUCGUCUUACCAUCCCCAGACUGAUGGUUAGAUCGAGAUCACGAACAGGACUCUCG